UCCUUCUUUAAAGCUUCAGCAGCGUUCCUCAUUUCACUGGAGUUGUAGUGGCAGGCUCACCGGCGUACUACAGUUGCUCGCCAGCUCAACCAUGGCUUUAAUAAUGAGGGUACUUCAAUUGUCUCUACUCCUUGAUGUAGGGUGUCAAGUACAUGCUUACAGGAUCGGGUAUGCUGAGCCGGAGAUGCCUACGUAUGGGCUGCAGCAGCCUCCUAGCUACAAUUCCCAGCAGCAGUUGGAACAACCUCCUAGCUACCAGCCCCAGCCACAGCAACCUUCUAGCUACAAGCCACAGAAGCCUAGCUACGAUCACCCCCAGCAGCAGCAGCAUCUUAGCUACAAGCCGCAGCAGCAGAAUCCUAGCUACAAGCGCGAGCAGCAGCAUCCUAGCUACAAGCCCCAGCAGCAGCAGCAUCCUAGCGACCAGCCCCAGCAGCAGCAGCAUCCUAGCGACCAGCCCCAGCAGCAGCAGUUAAAGGGUCCUUGA